AUAAACUUAAAGAGAGAGAACUCAUUGAGCAAUGGUGACACCGGGUACUUCUUUUCUCUUCAUACUUAUAAUCAUUCACAAAACAUAUACAUUAGACGGAGAAGAAAUGCGUCUACGGCACUGGAAUGGAUUUGAGAACCUUUUGGAGAAGGGAACUGGGAACGUGUUCCUGACACCUAACAACACCUUAGUGGUCGGGAACACAGGAAACACCGUCACACUCCCCUGCAACGUCAACAUGGAGAACAGAUACGGGGUGAUAACCUGGGCUCGGCUUGGGAAUGAAGUUGACCCGUACACUGUGCUGACAGCUGGAGAUGUUGAUAUAACAACAGAUACUAGAGUAUCAUUGGAACAACAUGACCGGAAAGAUGAAUGGAAUCUUAUCAUUAGAUCUUUAAAGAAACAAGAUGAAGGACUAUAUGAGUGCCAAGCAACAACAUAUCCUCCACAGUACAUAGUUGUACGGUUAGAAGUACAAGAAGCAUAUGCUGAGAUUCUAGGAGCUGAGGAGAAGGUAUUUAAGACGGAAUCUCGAAUGAAACUAGUUUGUCAACUCAGGAACUCCACCUCAACUCCUGAUUUUAUAUUCUGGUAAGCUCUUCAUUUUAUCUUAUUGUCAAUAAAGGGAUUGUUCAUGUGCAUAUAUUAGAAUUAGGAACAUAUCCCUUAAAUCUACAGCUUAAACAUGUUCCUAGGAAAUAUUUUGACCAACUAUAUGUGCCGAUGGCGAAGAUGUCGGGUAAAUAAUUUUGGAGUUUAUAUGUUCGACAUCGGUUAGUCGGAGACUAAAUGUAUGCAGGGAAGGGCCAGAAUAUUCCAAUAG